AUGGCUGAUAAAACACCACCUUACAUUCCGGAAGAUUGCCUUCCAGUGGAGGAAGAAACUGGUCUUCGAUCUGAAGUUGUGCGAACCAACUCAUUCUUCUGCCAGUCUCUGCUGCGGGAAAUAUCAGAGAAUUCAUUGAUUUUGCUUCCCAGGGCAAAGAUCUCAAAUGAAGAUUUAGCCAACUGUAACAGUUACUCUUCCGAAUCGAAAGAAAAUUCGAGCGUGACGCCGGAUUCGCUAUUCAAGCUAAUAAGACGAUGCAGUGGCAUGGUGAAGACUUCAGAAUGUGGAAAUAUGUUUAAUGACCAGAUAAUCAAAAUGUCUUGCAAUCUGCCUACAGAUAUUUCAUUAGAGGAAAUGUCAAAGGAAACGGCACCUGAGCUACCCAUGAAAAGAUUCUGCAGUACAGAUACAAACAUUCCCGCCAAAGAUGUGCAAGUUAUGUUAAGUCAAGCCCCGUCUAAAGAAUUCUCCCUGAAGAGAUCCAGGAACCUGUCAACUGAAGAAUCUGAAGCUUCAUUAUAUAAGAGAACUAGGGUCUCAACAGAGGAAGUUGGUACAGCAGAACAGGGAAAUGAAAGCUGCAUAGUUCCACCGACUAUAUCACCAAUAACACAAGACAUACCAUCAGACCUGAUUAAUGAAAAUAAGUCAGGUCAAGCAGCAGAGAAAGAGGUAGUGAUAUCUGAGGCCAAUGAGAAAUCCACGGAUGUUCCAACAGCAGAAUAUGAGAAAAGCUCAUCUGUGCAAGAUCAACAGGAGAAUAUAUCCUCUAUAGCUUUUGUUAAAGGAAAAACUACAGAAGAUAAAUAUUCUGAAGGAGACAGAUGUUCAGUUUGUGGGAAAACUAACUGCCCUUUAGAUCCUAAACGGGCAUCAAAAAUAAGUCCUAUUCCCAUGCAACAAAAGUCCUUUUUGGGGAAAUUAAAGUCAUCACGAAAGUCAAAGCAAUCCAAGCUUAGUGUUACGAUGGGGAAGAGGACGAAGACUCCAUCGAAACGUUACAUUAAUACCCGAAGUUCAAUAAAUAGAUUGGCUAAACGCAUGGCUAACCAUACACCACUUCAUGUCUUCAAGUUGAAGGGUCAGCUCUUUAAAGCCGUAGAAGAUGGAGAUGUGGUCAGAGUGCAGGAGCUAAUACAAGACACGGGAUCAGCUGUGAGGAAAAACAAGACCAGAUGCACACUCCUUCAUGCUGCAGCGUCUCACAACCAACCGGAUGUGGUGAUGUUUCUGUUGAAAUUUAUCAGUCCCAAUGUUACUAACAAGGAUGGACAAACUCCAGCUCAUGUAGCCGCUGAAAAAGGUCACACACAAGUGCUGAGUCUUUUAGCGCGUGACUCUGACUUUGAAGCCGACAAACGGGAUAAUCGUCAUAAUUCAGUAAAAGCCCUACUUGGUGGCCAUCUGUUCAAGGCCAUCUUAGAAGGAAACAAGAAAGAAGCAGAAAGACUUGUGGAAUUUGGUGCAGACCCAGAUAGUCACGGUGGGAAGCUGGUGAACGGGAUGUUGACACGAGAGCUUGGAGUCACUACACCUCGCCUCCUGGCCAAUGCCCUAAAUAUGGAAUGGGCUGUUACCAUGUUUGCAAAGAAAGCAAGAAAUGAUAAGAAAACCGAUGAAACUAGCUUUCUAACAUCAGCCACCUCCAACUCGGUACAACUUAAAGUGCCCACACGACAGUUUCACGUGAGACAUGCAACAGCAAUUCAAGGUGCUGAUGUGUACAAGAUGGACAAAGAAGCACGAGGCUUUGUUCGCAUUUUCAAUUUCAGUUCUUUUAAGGACAGAUCCGACCUGAACCUUCAGCAACUCGACUACGAUGCUCGCAUUAUGUCAGAUGUAUUUGAUAACAUGGGAUACAAGUGUAAAACACACUCGUCACUCACGGCUCAGCAAACUAAGGAAGUCCUGAAAGAUAUUCGGGAUGCUGAUGAACUAACGGGCGUCGGGUGUGCUAUAUUUGUCAUUUCUGGUUAUAGUGUAAAUGGCAGGAAGAUUCUUACGCCUGACAUGAAAUCUUUAGACAUCGACUAUAUCUUAAAUCUCUUCAAGGAUUCCGAAUGUCCUCAGCUCAAAGACAAACCCAAACUUUUCAUCUUUAACUUGUACAACCUGAGUGAAGUUAACACAACAUCAAGCACUGAACCUAUAAAAGUGAUGAGGUUGACAGAUCCCCUCAACGACAUAGCUUGUAUCUAUUCCAAUAACAUUGGUCUCAACUGCAUCCCGAAUGGGAAAGGAACAGCCUUCAACUGGUAUUUGUGUCGCACUUUGGCAGAGCAUGCCGCUGACCAGGAACUUUGUGAAUUUUACAGAGAAUUCCUGAAAAAUUAUAACGCGAGCUCUCCUACUUUCUCACCCGAACUGAGAUACUUUGGCUUCACCAAGAAAUUCUUCUUUAAUCCCAUGUAAAUUUAAUGAGAUCCUCUGUAAAGUUUUUAUCUGAUUUAUACACCAUUAAUUCAAGAGAUCUGCAAUGGCAUGUUAAUUGAGGCACUUGAUUUUUAAUCAUUGUUUAAAGAAAGUUUCUAGACAAACACUGGUCAUUGGGACAAGCAUAGAAAAGUAACUGUGGUAUUAUUUCGAUAAAUAACUAUCAACAAAUUAUUUCAACUACACCUCUUGUUUUCUGAAUUUCUAUAUUCUCAUACCUCUUCCACCGAUUCUUGAUAUGUAUGUAUAUAAUAUACGUAUAUAUAUAGGAAGAUUGCUAGUUAGAUAUCUCCAUAUAUAUACAUGAUUUAUUGAUCAUAUUCAUGUAAAUAAUGUACCUAAUAUAUCUAGUCAUGUAAAUGCUGCAUAUUGUAAGCUUUUA